GUUUGUUCUUUGCUAAAGUAAUUCCUUUAUCAUGACUAUUGCGCGUAGUUGUAGCUGAUAAUCUUCUUUGAGGAACUGCAGACCAGCUGUAUGUGUAUGCGCAAUGGGCGUAUUCUUCAGCAAACAGCCCCCACCAACAGUGUCGACCGACCAGGUCAUCCCGUUCCGAUUUGCCGACGACUUUCCCUACACACGCGGGCUGUGCUUGGACAUUCAUUUUCGAUUUGACGAUGUGCUCGAUCCAGAGAAGCUGCGUGAUGCCCUUGAGCGAUUGUUGCAGAAGGAUGGGUGGCGCAAACUCGGCGCGCGAUUGAGACGAACGAAAGAUGAUAAAUUGGAGUACCAUGUGCCCGCAGAGUUCAGCGAGAAGCGUCCUGCUGUCUUGUACUCCACAGACAAACAUAAUGCUUCUAUUUCUGAUCAUCCCGUUCUAUCCCAGCUACCAAGAGGCAGCGGUGAAAGGCCGGCAUUAUUCGAAUCUCCAAUAAAGUUCCGUCCGUACAUGCGCGCUGCUAAUGGCCCGGAGCAUAUUAAUGACUGGCUCUAUGCCGAUAUCCCCCAGCUAGUAGUGCAUGUGAUCGGCUUCAACGAUGCGACAAUUAUCACCGUCACAUUCAUGCACACACUCACCGAUGCGAUGGGCAUUGUGGCACUUCUACGGGCCUGGACAGCAGUUCUACGUGGCGAAGAUGAGAAAGUUCCUCCGUUUGUUGGGUUUGAUAAAACCGACGACCCGAUUGAGACUCUGCAUAAGGAAAUUCCGGCCUCCAAGUUCGUGCUCGCAAACCGGGUCGUCAAGGGCUUGGAAUUUUUCAAGUUUGUAGUUCGGAUGAUUUUCGAGCUUGUAUGGUGGCCUACAGACGAGGGAGGGACAGUGUUCGUUCCGGGCGAAUACAUCAAGACCUUACGCGAGUCCGCAAUAGCCGAAUUAUCUAAAACGCAGACUUCCAGCGACAAGGAUUCUGACAUGGCCAAACCAUUCCUCAGUGAAAGCGACGUGCUUGUAGCCUGGUGGAUGCGGGUUUUGGCCAGGACAAUCAAUCCCCCGCCCCAUCGUACCAUCACUCUAAUGAACGUGUUUGACAUACGAGGUGUGCUCGCUGAACUGGGCCGCGUGUCUUCCCCCAACAUCGCCCUUUUCGCAAACGCCACUUAUGCAUCCACCAGCCUAAUCCCCGCAGGCGAUUUCAUCAGCCCUGAUGUUCCACUUAGCUCACUCGCAUCUCGGAUCCGUAACGCCAUCGACACCCAACGUACACCCGAGCAACUCCAAGCACAGGCGGCCCUUUUGCGGGAAAGCGUCGAGAAAACGGGACAUGCACCACUCAUGGGCGAUUCCGGGAUGUUACUAACCGCAGUGUCAAAUUGGCAUCGUGGAAAGCUGUUCCAGGUUGAUUUCUCAGCUGCCGUAGUAGCCCAAAAGGCCGUUUCGCGUGCAAAUCGUCCAAAGGAAAGUCAAACUGGAAAGCCGUCGUUUAUUACCACGUCGGCGACUUAUUCGGGUUUCUCGAUACGUUAUUCUCAAGCAGUUAUCGGGAAGGAUUUGGCUGGUAAUUGGUGGUUGACAUCUUGCUUGCGGGCUGGGAUGUGGAAGAAGGUUGCAGAACAAAUUCAGAUACUAUGAGUGUGAGUCAAGUAUGGUAUAAUUCCAACGCUGCAUGAAUUGGAAAGAGUGUAUAUAGACUGGUUUGACUUCAAGAAAACUCUAGAAGAAGAGACAUUUCUCAUUACUGAUUUAAUACCUACCUUCAAGGAAGGCUGCCAAUAUUAUUAACAUCCAUUAGUCCGCGAAAUAGUUAGUGUAAAGA